AAGGCUUUCGCUCUUUUUCUGUCCUGGGCGUGAAUCGCCUGGCGCGGUUCUUCCCCUUGAGCAAAGCACUUUGCGAGCAGCAGCGAAUCUGUCAGCCCGUCACACACAAUGGCCGACGAUGCCACCACGGCCGCGGCCCCCGACAUGGAUCUGCUGAUGGGAGGGAAGCCGAAGUGCGGCAGCGGCGAGGAGGUAGGCGAGUACGACCUCGGCCUCCACGUUGCGGGUCUCUUCCUCGUCCUGGCGGCAUCCAUCUUCGGCGCCGGGUUUCCUGUCGUGGCAAAGAAGGUCAAGUGGGUUCGCGUGCCGGCCAAGACGUUUUUCCUCUGCAAGCACUUCGGCACCGGUGUCCUUAUUGCGACCGCAUUCGUUCAUCUUCUCCCGACGGCGUUUGGCAACCUGACCGAUCCAUGUCUCCCCGAUCUGUUCACGGACCAAUACCCGGCCCUGCCAGGCGUCAUCAUGAUGGGCUCCAUGUUCUGCCUCUUCAUCAUCGAGAUGUGGCUCAACGGCAAGAUGGGCGGUCAGUCUCACUCUCAUGGCGGGCCCAUGGGUUUCGAGACGCACAGCCAACCAGCUCGAGCCAUUGGCGCUCCCGCGCCGGUGAACCGUGGUAAUAACCCGCCUCCGCGGCCGCCCAGAUACGCCAGUCCCGACGAGUUCGAGACGGAUGACGUCGAUUACGAGAAGAAGAUGGCCCAGAGGAUGUACGACGAGAAGAUGCGCGGCUAUGGCGACACCAAGGAGUUCGCCGCCGAGUCCGAGAUGCCGCCGUGGUUUAUCGUCUUUUACGAGCAGUAUGUCCGGCAGAGGCUGGAGAUGCUGAACAUGAUCAAGGCGUUGAGCCCGCAGGAAGCGGAGGAGGCGUCCCUCAAGAAGCGCGGAAGCCUGGUCGGCGGGAAUCCGGUCAUCGACUCGCCGUACAUGGACGUCGAGACGGGCCAGCCGGUCGACCCGCUCGUGUACCGCAAGAUGUCGCUGAACAUCACCCUGCUCGAGGGCGGCAUCCUGUUCCACUCGGUCUUUGUGGGCAUGACGGUCAGCAUCACCAUCGACGGCUUCAUCGUCCUCCUGGUCGCCAUCCUCUUCCACCAGAUGUUCGAGGGCCUCGGUCUCGGUUCCCGCAUCGCCGCCGUUCCGUAUCCCCGCGGAAGCAUCCGCCCCUGGCUGCUGGUUGUCGCCUUUGGAACGACCGCCCCGAUCGGCCAGGCCAUCGGCCUGAUCGUCCGGGACUCGUACGACCCCAACAGCGCGUUCGGGCUCAUCAUCGUGGGCGUGUUCAAUGCGAUCUCCUCUGGUCUCCUGAUCUACGCCGCCCUCGUCGACCUCCUCGCUGAGGACUUCUUGUCCGAGGAAGCCUACAAGACGCUGACAAAGAAGGAUCGGGUCACUGCGUUUAUCUUUGUGAUACUCGGAGCAAUCGGGAUGUCUAUCGUUGGCGCAUUUGCCUGAAUGAACGCGAUCAACAUCGGUCAUUUGGAUAUCGCCCGGUAGAUGUCGCCCCCCACUCACGCCGGAUGACAAACUGCGAGCUCCAGUUAAUACGCUCAUUAUUAAUAACAAUUCUUCUUUCUCCCGAUAAUUACUCGAGGGGUCAAUGGCAGCUUCCCAGCCCUCGAGAGCGAAACAAAAAGAGCAAAAAUAACC